AUUAGGUCUAGCAAGUUUUAUUUGAAACACCACGUCAAGUUCAUCUUCCUAACCCAAGCAGUUCAUCUCCUCCGCAGUCAAGCACCAUAGAGAGGAAGAACGGCACGUCGGCACUUCACCAUUACACCCAUCUUUUCCUUCGACAUCACACGCGUUAAGAACACCAAGAGAACACUAGUGUUAGAUGGCCAAAAGAAAUCUAGAUGCAAAAGAUUUAAAAGAGAAUGGUGAGAAAAGAAUGAGAACUAUUGAUAGCGAAGGAGGAAGUUUUAAGCAGAAGUUUGAAAGAAAAGAAGCAAAAGAAGGUCAUACGGCGGUACCUAAUGUGAGGUGUUGUCCAGAAAAAAUACUUGCACUAACAAUUUGUUUGAGUGAAGUACAACAACAAUGGGUAAAAGAAUUUGGUUUUGAAUAUUUGAUGCAUAUGGAUAACUUUCAGGUGAAUAGAAAACUUGCAUAUUGGCUAGUUAGUCGUUUCGAUCCAGAUAAAUGCAAAUUGAAAUUAAGAGAUGAUGUUUCUGUCGAUAUAUUUGCGGAUGAUAUAUCAUGGAUUUUAGGGAUUCCUAAUGAUGUGUUGACAGUACCCAUUAAAUGUAAGGAUAAAGAAUCAUACAAAAAAGAGCUCAAGAUAUAUAGGACAAAAGGUGGGAUUGAUAAUACAAAAGUUUUAAGUAAGUUUAACAACGACAUGCAAAAAAAAGAGUUCCAGAAACUAUUCCUUUUGUAUACAUUAGGAAAUUUUCUUUGUCCUAGUCAGAGUAAUAUGAUUAGCCCUCAGUUAUUGAAAACUGUCUUAAGUAUUGAAGAUCCAGCCAAAUAUAAUUGGGCUCAAUUUGUUCUUGAUCAUCUUGUGGUGGCUAUAAAGAAGUUUAAAGCGAGUGUUUCAAAACACAAGUGCAAUAGCACACGUAAAGCGGGAGGAUUUGGAGGAUGCAUUGUCUUUUUGCUCAUCUACUAUUUGGACCGCUUGGACAUUAAAAAGUCGAUUUGUUGGGAUAAUAGGGCUAGAAUAGCUGCAUGGGAUCGGGAAAGUAUGAAAGAGGCUAUCAAAGCAGAUUGGGAUGAGAAGAACGGUUUCGGAAGUGGCAAGUUAUUGUGUUUGAAUAGAUUUCAAUAUGGAUCGGCACAUCCUACUGAACCCGAUAGACCCUUGUUUAAGGAUGUAGGAAUGCAGAAUCCCUUGCCACUACUAACUCCGAAGGUUAAAUUGACCGACUUACGAUAUCGAAAUAGGGCAAGGAUAAUGAUUGAUAAAAAGUUGGAGAAAGUGAAACAAGAUGCAAAUGAUCAGGAAAUUCUGGAACAAGAUGUUGUAAAAAAUGUAUGUCAGGAGCAAGUUGAUGAAGAGGAAUAUGUAGUGUGUGCGGGUAAAGAAGAUGGUAAUGUAAAGAAAAUAAAUAAGGAUUGUGACAAUUUACAUGAUGUUGGAGCCAUUAAAGGGGAAGUUGAUACAUCAAUAAUUGUGAGAAAGAAGAUAAUGGCCACGAUGUCCAAUAAGGACUACAAGAUCCUCCAAUAUUUAAGAAGUCACAAAAAAACAAAAGAUGAAGAUAUUGUGGCAAUGUUUGGAGUAAACCAUGGAAAGCCACUUUAUUAUAUAACCAAAGAAGAGAUAAAUUCUUGUCUUCAAGUCCUAAAGCAUGUUAAUAGUCCGGUGGUAAAGACAUUUAUGUUUUUAUUGAACAUAGAGUGGAACAAGGAAAGAGUAGUUAAAGGUGGAAAAUAUGCAUUUGAUCCAGAUGUGUCAGCAUUGGCACUUAAAGGCGGCAAUUUCAUUGAUGAACUACGAAAUGAUAAGUCAGUCAAUACAUUUAUCCAAGAAUUGGCUAUACUUGGAGUAUUUAUAAAAGAGUGCCAACAUAUAAUUAUGCCGGUUGCUUAUGACCACCAUUGGUUUGCUUAUUAUUUUGACCUCCAAAGAAAGAAAACUUAUUUGUUGGAUUCAUUUUAUAAGUUGGAUAGCUCAUACCAUAUGCAAGUCAAAACAAAACUUCUUGAGGCAAUGCAGCUUGUGCUUUCUCAUGUUAACUCGGAUUGGAGUGAAGACAUAUCUUAUUGGGAAUGUAUGCAAGCAAAAGUUCCAAUACAAAAAAACAAUCAUGAUUGUGGCAUAUAUAUGUUGGUUGCAAUUGAUUUAUGGCCACAUUAUGAAACAGAGUUGAAUUACUUUUUGGAAGAUACUAAGUGUGUACGUGAGCAACUAUCGUUGACGAUUGUGAAGAGUGAUUAUAAUUUACGAAAGGAAGAUAUCUUGGAAAGUGCUGAACACCAUGAAAGAGACUAGAUAGUUUUUAAUUUUUAAUUUUUUGUUCAAAGAGCUAAGUUUUACUUAGAAGGGAAUGAAUUAUGUAAAAAUGAUAGUCAAUAGUACAUCAGUACAUGCUUUUCUUGAAAUUAAUUUUAAAUUAUCUUUUAAAUAUUUAGUAAUUUUCUUUCAAACCAUAGUCGAAAUUGGAUCAUCAUAAUUUAGUUCUUAAUUGAAUGAUGAACGGGACUCUUUUUUUUAAUGA